AUGCUUUUCCUUACCACACUCCUUCCUUUAAUCACCCUCGCCUUGCGAGUCGCUGCGGCUGAUCUUGAACAAGGCAUACCGCUAGGCAGUGUUUCUCACCCUGCAAAUGUACAUCUCUCUCCUCCAACCUACAGGGAGGCCCUCCGAGCAAAUCCUAUCAUCCCCUCUGGCCCUCCUCCAACCUACAGGGAGGCACUCGGAGCAGAUCCUACAAUCCCUACUAUACAUUAUGGCAAUAAUGCACAACAGUCAGUGUCUCAUCGUUGCCUGGAGGAGGUGACUCAACGGGUGCCUCAUGCAACGAAUCUGGAGGUGUUUGUCGGACGAGCUGCAGAGGCAAAGGACAGGUUGGACAAGUUUCUCAAUAAGCCUGAGUGCAAGAUCGCCGUAGUUGCUGCCGGCCUCGUUGUUCUGCUAAUCUAUGCGGGAACAGGGUGUCACUGGGCGGAUGAGGCUAUACACUGUCGGCGUCGGCGUCGGAAUGAACUUGGGGAUGGUCAUAAAAUUGAACAGUGCGAGCGUUUGCCGAUAGAGAUAAAUGCUUGUAGCAAUCCAUCCCGAACGGACACGCAUCUUUCACCCGUUGCUUCCAAGGCUCCUGGAGGACACGGAAAGAGGGAUGCUGCGAGAAUGUCAUAUCGCCGCCGUCUUGAGUUGGAGUGA